AUGAUGUGCGAAGUAAUGCCAACGAUAAAUGAGGACACCCCCAUGAGUCAACGGGGGUCCCAGAGUAGUGGAUCAGACUCGGAUUCUCACUUUGAGCAGCUGAUGGUAAACAUGCUGGAUGAAAGGGACCGUCUCCUUGACACACUUCGGGAGACGCAGGAAAGCCUGUCACUCGCACAGCAACGCCUUCAGGAUGUCAUCUAUGACAGAGACUCCCUCCAACGACAGCUCAAUUCAGCACUGCCCCAGAUGACGGUUGCUGCUGGUACGAGCAUUGAGAAUAACAUUCAAAGGACCAUAUCCUGCCCUAAUGAAUUUGCUGCACUGACAAAAGAGUUAAAUGUGUGUAGGGAGCAGUUGCUUGAAAAAGAAGAGGAGAUUUCAGAACUGAAAGCUGAAAGAAACAACACAAGACUGCUACUGGAGCAUUUGGAGUGCCUUGUUUCAAGACAUGAAAGGUCACUGAGGAUGACAGUGGUGAAACGGCAAGCACAGUCCCCCUCAGGAGUUUCCAGUGAAGUCGAGGUUCUCAAAGCACUGAAAUCUUUAUUUGAACACCACAAGGCUUUGGAUGAAAAGGUAAGGGAACGACUGAGGGUUUCUUUAGAAAGAGUCUCUGCACUGGAAGAAGAACUAGCUGCCGCUAACCAGGAGAUUGUAGCUUUACGUGAACAAAAUGCACAUAUUCAAAGGAAAAUGGCAUCUGGAGAGGGACCUGCUGAAUCAGAACAUAUUGAAGGAAUGGAGCCAGGGCAAAAAGUUCAUGAAAAGCGCCUGUCAAAUGGCUCCAUAGAUUCAAAUGAUGAAGCCAGUCAAAUGGUGGAACUACAGGAACUGCUUGAAAAGCAAAACUAUGAAAUGGCACAAAUGAAAGAGCGUUUGGCUGCACUGUCUUCCCGAGUUGGAGAGGUAGAGCAGGAAGCUGAGACUGCCAGGAAGGAGCUUAUUAAAACAGAAGAAAUGAACAGUAAAUAUCAGAGGGACAUCAGAGAGGCUAUGGCACAAAAAGAAGAUAUGGAAGAAAGAAUCACUACCCUUGAGAAGCGCUACCUCAGUGCACAGAGGGAAUCCACCUCUAUACAUGACAUGAAUGAUAAGCUGGAAAAUGAACUGGCAAACAAGGAGGCCAUCCUACGCCAGUUGGAAGAAAAAAACAGACAGCUGCAAGAACGUCUUGAGCUAGCUGAGCAGAAGCUUCAACAGACAAUGCGGAAGGCUGAGACAUUGCCGGAAGUAGAGGCUGAACUGGCUCAGAGAAUUGCAGCAUUGACAAAGGCAGAGGAAAGACAUGGUAACAUCGAAGAACAUAUGAGACACUUAGAAGCUCAACUUGAAGAGAAGAAUCAGGAACUCCAAAGAGCCAGGCAAAGAGAGAAAAUGAAUGAGGAGCACAACAAAAGACUAUCAGAUACUGUAGACAGACUUUUGACAGAAUCCAAUGAACGCCUGCAGCUACACUUGAAAGAGAGAAUGGCAGCACUUGAAGAAAAGAAUGUUUUAAUUCAGGAAUCUGAAAGUUUCAGGAAGAGCCUGGAAGAGUCAUUACAUGACAAGGAACGACUGGCAGAAGAAAUUGAGAAACUGAGAUCUGAACUUGACCAGAUGAAAUUAAGAACUGGCUCUUUAAUUGAACCCACAUUGUCAAGACCUCAUCUUGACACAUCAGCAGAAUUGAGAUAUUCUGUGGGUUCACUAGUUGAUAGCCAAUCUGAUUAUCGGUCAACUAAAGUGAUAAGGCGACCUAGAAGAGGCCGUAUGGGAGUCUGCAGAGAUGAACCAAAGGUAAAGUCUCUUGGGGAUCAUGAAUGGAACAGAACACAGCAGAUUGGAGUCUUGAGCAGUCAUCCAUUUGAAAGUGACACAGAAAUGUCUGAUAUUGAUGAUGAUGAUAGAGAAACUAUUUUUAGCUCCAUGGACCUUCUCUCACCAAGUGGGCAUUCUGAUGCGCAAACUUUGGCCAUGAUGCUUCAAGAGCAACUAGAUGCAAUCAAUAAAGAAAUCAGGUUAAUCCAAGAAGAAAAAGAAUCGACAGAGUUGCGCGCUGAAGAAAUAGAGAACCGAGUGGCCAGUGUGAGCUUAGAAGGCUUGAAUCUGGCCCGUGUUCACCAAGGUACAUCUAUUACUGGCUCAGUGACAGCUUCAUCACUUGCAAGCUCUUCUCCUCCUAGUGGACACUCGACCCCAAAACUCACACCCCGCAGUCCAGCCAGAGAAAUGGAUAGAAUGGGGGUCAUGACGCUGAUUGCAGUAGUUGAAGAAGAUGGGCGUGAAGAUAAAGCCACAAUAAAAUGUGAAACUUCACCUCCUCCAACACCCAGAGCUAUCAGAAUGACUCAUACUCUUCCUUCUUCAUACCACAAUGAUGCCAGAAGUAGUUUGCCUGCUUCAUUGGAGCCAGAAAGCAUUGGUCUUGGCAGUGCCAAUAGCAGCCAGGACUCCCUGCACAAAGCUCCCAAGAAGAAAGGAAUCAAGUCUUCAAUAGGACGUUUGUUCGGUAAAAAAGAGAAGGCCCGACUUGGACAGCUCAGUAAGGAAUUAGUUGUACCAGGCCAAGGAGGCUUUAUGGAAACGGAGGCUGCAGUUCAGGAUUCUCUGGGAUUAGGGAAACUUGGAACUCAAGCAGAAAAGGACCGAAGACUAAAGAAAAACAUAUCUGGGCAUGAACUGUUGGAGGAAGCUCGGAGAAAGGGGUUGCCUUUUGCACAGUGGGAUGGACCUACAGUGGUUGCCUGGCUGGAGCUGUGGCUGGGAAUGCCUGCCUGGUAUGUUGCUGCUUGCCGUGCAAAUGUGAAGAGUGGAGCUAUUAUGUCUGCUUUGUCUGAUACUGAGAUUCAGAGAGAAAUUGGAAUCAGCAACCCUCUCCAUCGCUUAAAACUCCGACUAGCAAUUCAGGAAAUGGUAUCACUUACAAGCCCAUCAGCACCUCCAACUUCUAGAACA